AUGUCGACCACGAACCCGACGGGGGAAACAACCGAGUGGGACGACCUGCAAAGGAAGUAUGGAAAUUUGCCCCCACUGGAGAAGGAGGUGAAGGAGGAAGAAAUAUACCUGAGGAACUUGGAAAAACUCGAGGGAAUCAACCCUUUGGAGAAAAAGAACCUGCACGAACUGACGUUGUUGGAGGAGAACUGCGUCGACGAGGAGUACCUGAAAAUCAUCGAAAAGCACAAAGCGAAUCGGAUAAAAGAAAUAAACAGAAGUAAGGCGCUGGAUGUGUUUGGAGAAGUGUACGAAAUUUCCAAGGAUAAUUUUCUAACCGAAGUUAAUGAAGCCAGUAAGAGGAACCCCCUGGGUGAACAUGGCGGCCGGUCGCUGGAAAGCACACGGGGGGAUGAGGAUUUAGAAGAGGAGGAAGAAGCAGCAGUUGCAGACGGAACAGAGGGAACGCACGUCGUCAUCCAUCUCUACUCAGACAACGUUGUAGCAUGCAAAGUGAUCAACAACAUACUGUGUCAGUUGGCCAGAAAACACAAAUACGUAAAGUUCACCAAGGGUGUAUACAAUCGAAUUGUGGAAAAUUACCCCGAGGCGAAGCUGCCUACUAUUCUCAUUUACUACAAUGGUACAUGCAUACACCAAAUUUGUAACCUACUGAACAGCAUAAAAGGAGGAGUAAAGAACUUAACUCUUAAAACCUUUGAACAGUUUUUGGCAAAGUAUAAUGUUUUGAGGUAUCCCUCAAGUUGGAUGCACACUGGACAGAGUCUUAGUGACCACACGGUUGGUUCUAGUGAUGGGGAGAGUGAGGAUGGAGGUCGGUAUGCUGAAAAAGGCACCCGCGUUAGAACACAUAAACAGUACACUUCGUUUAAUAUGUUUGGUAGGAAGUACACAAGUGGGGAGGACUACUCCUCUGAUGAGGGGGGAUUGAAGUCAAAGGGUUAUGCCUCCUCCAUGCUGGACCGGAAGGUUAGUCGGAAUGAGCUCUAA